AAAAAUUUCACUUGUACAUUGUUCUAGUUAGCAUACGAGGAGGAAGAGCAUGCAGAUGACUCAAACGUCCUUCUUCUACUGGAGCUCUCACUUUCUAUUUCUCUUGUUUCUCUCUCAUUCAUUCCGGCCUUCCUCCACACACCCACCAGUACCCACCACCAAACCAGGAGAGUACUUGUCAGCAGACUAUUACAAUUAUUAUUGCGCCAAUAGCCUUCCCCUCCAGUGCAGCAACAUCAUGACCGACGACAUCAAGUACCCUUUCCGGACAUCUAAUCAGCCGUCUUUCUGUGGUCAUCCUGACCCUGGCUUCGAACUCACAUGCGCCAAAGGCAUGCUGUCCAUCCAAAUUGGUAAUAAGAAGUACCAUGUAUUGAAGGACAUCAGUUAUGGAAACCGAGUCCUUCAACUCCUGGAUUUUGAUCUUCUGUUCGCUGGUCCUUCUUGCCCUCAAAAGAUGAGCAAUACCUCCUUUGACUUUUCCCUAUUCACGUACCCAGAUGAUAAUCAGGAUACUAACCUCACCAUGUUCCUUAAUUGCCAUGACCCCCUGCAUGACAUCCCUGACCCCAUCAUGGAUUUCCUCUUCCCUACCCAAUGUUAUAAUAACGAGUUCUUUGGGCAGUACUCGUACUUCACGUUACAGAGCUUCGGCCAGAAAUUACCUAUGCAUGAUCUCUUAGCCAAUUGUUGUGACACCACGGUGUUGCUUCCGGUGUCUAAUUUGAAUUUUAGUCCUGAGACCUUCCGAAAUGGGAUCAUGAAUUACUUCUCAAAGGCACUCAAGUUUGGCUUUAACCUCACUUGGACUGUCGACCAAGGCUGGUGCGAAGACGAGUGCCUCAAGACCGGUGGAAUCUGCGGGUCCGACCCAAAUGGCACCAAAGCAAACGCGUGCUUCUGUCCCGCCGGCAUCUUUAGUAAUGGCACUUCCUGCGCUGGGAAGAACAGCAUGCUCAAGAACAAGCGUGUAAUUAUAGGUGUUGGAGCGGUUGCUGCUGGCAUCCUUGCACUUGGCUGCUUAUGGCUGUUGUAUUUUCCUCGAAGAAAGAGACAGCAGCAAAGCUCUUGCACUCUCCUCGAAGUUUGUUGUUGGCACGGUAGAACAAGUGAAGAUCAAACCAUAGAGACAUUCUUGCAGAAACAUGGAACAGUAUCCCCAAAAAGAUACAGCUAUUUGGAAGUGAAGAAGAUGACAAAUUCUUUCCACCAUAAACUAGGAGAAGGUGGCUUUGGCAGUGUGUUCAAAGGCAAUUUUACUGAUGGACACACAGUGGCUGUGAAACUCUUAAAUAACACCAGAGGAGAUGGAGAAGAAUUUCUCAAUGAAGUGGCCAGCAUAGGGAGGACAUCCCACAUCAACAUUGUUACUCUGCUGGGUUUCUGCUUCCAAGGAUCAAAAAGAGCUCUAAUUUAUGACUUCAUGCCAAAUGGCUCCCUCGAUAAGUACAUCUAUGCUGAAGAUCCAAAGACAAUGCUCUGUUGGGACAAGUUGUUCCAAAUUGCAGUUGGUAUUGCUAGAGGAUUGGAGUACUUACACCGUGGUUGCAAUACUAGAAUUGUUCAUUUUGAUAUCAAGCCUCAUAACAUACUCUUGGAUGAAGAUUUCUGUCCUAAGAUCUCUGAUUUUGGACUUGCAAAAUUUGGUACGCAUAAAGAGAGUAUAAUAUUAUCGAUGGCAGAUACUAGAGGAACUAUGGGGUUUAUUGCCCCUGAAGUCUUCUCCAGGAGCUUCGGAGUUGUUUCUAGUAAGUCAGAUGUCUAUAGUUAUGGUAUGAUGGUAUUGGAAAUGGUUGGAGGGAGGAAGAACCUGAAAGCAUCUGCUGAUAGAACCAGUGAGAUUUAUUUCCCUCAUUGGAUUUAUGAGCACAAAGAUCAAGAUGGAGAUCUUCAACAAUAUGGAGUGACAACUGAAACUGAAGAAAUUGCGAAGAAGAUGAUCUUGAUUGGGUUGUGGUGCAUUCAAACAAGGCCAGAGGAUAGACCUUCAAUGAAUAAAGUGGUGGAAAUGCUUCAGGGAAGCAUUGAUGAAUUGCAAAUUCCACCAAAGCCAUACUUGUCUUCACCUUCAAGGUCAUUACAGUGUAGCUCUUUAACCAUGGCAUUGUCCUAAUAGUCAAGGGGCUUGGGUCAUC